CAUUGUCUAUCUCUCCUUCUCCUCUCGUUAUCAUCCUCACGAGUAUCCACGCGUUACUUGUAAGAGCAACGGAGAACCAAGGAACCGCUUUCAAAAAGUAUUAAAAGAUGGUGAGUGAAGAAGGGUCAGCAACACUUGACCGAUGCUUUGAAAAGAUGAAGAUGGAAGGCAUCGUGAUCAGCGAGUGGAAAGAUAUCCCUGUGGAGCUUCUCAUGAAGAUCCUUAACCUUGUUGAUGAUCGGACGGUCAUCAUUGCUUCUGGUGUUUGCAGUGGCUGGAGAGAUGCUAUUUCCUUUGGUCUCACUCGUCUCUCCCUCUCUUGGUGCAAGAAGAACCUGAAUAGUUUGGUUCUGUCUCUUGCUCCAAAACUCGUCAAGCUUCAGACAUUAGUAUUGAGACAGGACAACCCCCAGCUUGAGGACAACGCAGUGGAAGCAAUAGCGAAUCACUGUCACGAGCUACAAGAUCUUGACCUAAGCAAAAGCUUGAAACUCACCGACCAUUCUCUCUAUUCUCUGGCUCGCGGUUGCACAAACCUCACUAAACUCAACCUUAGCGGCUGCACUUCAUUCAGCGACACUGCUUUGGCCUAUUUGACAAGGUUUUGCAGGAAGCUCAAAGUUCUGAAUCUUUGUGGUUGUGUGGAAGCUGUAUCUGACAAUGCAUUGCAGGCUAUUGGAGAAAACUGCAAUGAGAUGCAGUCACUAAACUUGGGAUGGUGUGAGAAUAUAAGUGAUGAUGGAGUCAUGAGCCUAGCUUAUGGCUGUCCUGAUCUAAGAACCCUUGAUCUUUGCGGCUGUGUUCUAAUUACAGAUGAGAGUGUUGUUGCUUUGGCAAAUAAGUGUGUACACUUGAGGUCGUUGGGGUUAUACUAUUGCAGGAACAUAACAGACAGAGCAAUGUACUCACUGGCUCAGAGUGGAGUGAAGAACAAGCACGAGAUGUGGCGGUCGGUUAAGAAAGGAAAAUUCGAUGAAGAAGGUCUAAGAAGCCUCAACAUUAGCCAAUGCACUUACCUCACACCUUCAGCGGUUCAAGCUGUCUGUGAUACAUUCCCUGCGCUCCACACUUGCUCAGGCAGGCAUUCUCUGGUCAUGAGUGGUUGUCUGAAUCUAACAUCAGUUCACUGUGCCUGUAUCCUCCAGGCUCACCGCACCCACACCGCUCUCCCUCACCCGGCUCAUUAAGCCACCAGUGUGUAAGCCAGAGGGGUCUCUCUUCCUUGGUAUGUGUACAUAUAAGCCUAAGGUUAAGAAAUAAAAGCUUAUUUGUUUGAGUUUAUCUUCCCAUCUCAAGAUUUUACAUUACAGCAACCUUUAAAAUGAUUACAAGGUUCUUUACUUUGUUUAACAAUAUUUUGUAUAAGUUUGUGUAAGUUCGAUCCAUCAAAUCAUCAGCAUUACAAAACAUAUAUAUAAAGAAAUAC